AUGUCUCAACAAAAGUCUGCUAUCCUCUCUGUCUACGACAAGACCGGCCUGCUGGACCUGGCCAAAGGUCUGGUCAAGAGCAAUGUCCGUCUGCUCGCCUCCGGUGGUACCGCUCGCAUGAUCCGUGAGGCCGGAUUCCCCGUCGAGGAUGUUUCUGCCAUCACCCAUGCUCCCGAGAUGCUCGGCGGCCGUGUCAAGACCCUCCACCCCGCCGUCCACGGUGGUAUCCUCGCUCGUGAUAUUGAGUCCGAUGAGAAGGAUCUGGCGGAGCAGAAGAUCGCCAAGGUGGACUUCGUCGUCUGCAACCUCUACCCCUUCAAGGAGACCGUCAACAAGGUCAACGUCACCAUUGAGGAGGCUGUGGAGGAGAUCGAUAUCGGUGGUGUGACCCUCCUCCGUGCCGCUGCCAAGAACCACGCCCGCGUCACCAUUCUUUCCGACCCCCAGGACUACCCCGAGUUCCUGAAGGAGCUGGAGGCCGGUGAGAUCACCGAGGCCAGCCGCAAGCUGCACGCCCUCAAGGCCUUUGAGCACACCGCCGACUACGACAGCGCCAUCUCCGGCUUCUUCCGCAAGCAGUACGCUGGCAACGGCGAGCAAUACAUUGCCCUCCGUUACGGUACCAACCCCCACCAGAAGCCCGCUUCCGCCUACAUGCUCCAGGGCAAGCUCCCCUUCAAGGCCCUGAACGGAUCCCCUGGUUACGUCAACCUGCUUGACGCCCUCAACGCCUGGGCGCUGGUGAAGGAGCUCAAGCAGGCCUUGGGCUACCCCGCCGCCGCCAGCUUCAAGCACGUGUCCCCCGCCGGUGCCGCUGUCGGUGUGCCGCUGAACGAGAAGGAGCGCAAGGUCUACAUGGUCGACGACAUCGCCGGCAUCGAGUCGUCCGGCCUGGCUCAGGCCUAUGCCCGUGCCCGUGGUGCUGACCGCAUGUCCAGCUUCGGUGACAUCCUGGCUCUCAGCGAUGUCGUCGAUGUUCCCACCGCCAAGAUUGUCUCUCGUGAGGUGUCGGACGGUGUGAUCGCCGCCGGAUACACCCCCGAGGCUCUGGAGAUCCUCUCCAAGAAGAAGGGCGGCAAGUACCUGGUGCUCCAGAUGGACGAGAACUACGUCCCUGCCGCCGAGGAGACCCGCACGCUCUACGGCGUCCAGCUCACUCAGCACCGCAACGAUGUCGUCAUCUCCCCCCAGAAGACCUUCAACACUAUCAUCACCCCCAAGGAGCUGAAGGCCCUUCCCGAUUCGGCCGUGCGUGAUCUCACCGUGGCCACCAUCGCUCUGAAGUACACCCAGUCCAACUCGGUCUGCUACGCCCUGAACGGUCAGGUCAUCGGUCUCGGCGCCGGCCAACAGAGCCGCAUCCACUGCACCCGUCUGGCCGGCGACAAGGCUGACAACUGGUGGAUGCGGUUCCACGACCGUGUGCUGAACAUCAAGUGGAAGCAGGGCACCAAGCGUGCCGACAAGAGCAAUGCCAUCGACCUUCUCUGCUCGGGUCAGACCCCCCGCAACGACGCUGAGAAGGCCGAGUACGAGCGUGUUUUCGAGGAGGUGCCCGCUCCCUUCACGCAGGAGGAGCGUGAGGCCUGGCUCUCCAAGCUCAACGAGGUUGCGGUCUCGUCGGAUGCCUUCUUCCCCUUCAUCGACAACGUCUUCCGUGCGGCCCGUUCCGGCGCCAAGUACAUCGCGGCUCCCAGCGGUAGCCAGAACGACGGUCCCGUCUUCGAGACCGCCGAGAAGCUCGGCAUUGUCUUUGUCGAACAGGGCACUCGUCUGUUCCACCACUAA